GAGGAGGAUGCUGGAGCUCUGAUUAACACCAGAGAGAGACCAGACUCUGACAGCGGGAAGAGUCCUUCAAAGGAACCAGACCCAGAAAUGUCCAAACCAGCAGGACAACACCACUGUUCCCACUGUGCAAAGAGUUUUACCAAGUUACAGAACCUAAAAGUACAUGAGAGGACACACAGAGGAGAAAAGCCUUUCCACUGCUCUCAGUGUGGAAAGAGGUUUACCCGUUUAGAGAACCUGAAACAGCAUGAUAGAAUACACAGAGGGGAGAAGCCUUACCAUUGUUCCCAUUGUGAAAAGAGCUUUAGGUCGUUAGGCACCCUGACAACGCAUGUGAGAAUACACACAGGAGAGAUGCCUUACCACUGUUCCCACUGUGGAGAGAGUUUUAGGUGGUUAGGGAGCCUGAAAACGCAUGAGAGGACACACAACCAAGAAAAGCCCUACCAAUGCUCCCAGUGUGGAAAGAGAUUUACAGAGUUAGGGUCCCUGAAAAUACAUAAUAGACUACACACAGGAGAGAAGCCUUAUUACUGCUCCCUAUGUGGAAUUAAUUUUACCUGGUUAGCGAGUCUGAAAACACAUGAGAGAAUACACACAGGAGAAAGGCCUUACCACUGUUCCCACUGUGGAAAGAGCUUUAGUAGGUUAAUGAACCUGAAACAGCAUGAGAGAAUACACACAGGAGAGAAGCCUUACCAAUGUGCCUUGUGUGGAAAAAGUUUUACCCAGUUAGGGAACCUAAAAGAGCAUGAGAGAAUGCACACAGGAGAGAAGCCCUACCAAUGCUCCCUGUGUGGAAAGAGUUUUACCAAGUUAGUUGGCCUUAAUAAGCAUGACAGGACACACACCGGAGGGGAGAAGACCUACCACUGCUCCCAGUGUGGAAAGACAUUUAACUGGUUAAAGCACCUGAAAGAGCAUGAAAGAAUACAUACACAGGAGGAGAAGACAUUCCACUGCUCUCAUUGUGGAAAGACAUUUUCCCAGUCAGAGGACCUGAAAUCACAUGAGAGAAUAGAGAGGCUGUGUUCUGACUUAUGUUUUUGACUGAGAGUUUGUGUUUUUGUAUAUGUCACAUGAAAUCAUAUUGGUCAUAUGAAAAUAUACUAAAAGUAUAGUUUUUUCAUCUUGAGACAUGUCUCAAAUCAGAUUAAAUAUUUUAAAAAACAGAAAACUCGCAGGAAGGGACAUCAGUAACAGUUGUUGAUGGUGCCAGUGAGACUAAGGGAUCAUAAACUGUAUCCCCAAACUCCCAGUGACCUCUGUUACCAGGCCAACAAUAGGUUGCUAGGCAGGUUGCUAGGGAGCAGGACACCUGACAGUCCUUCUGCCUGCACAGGUCAGAGCCUCCUCAGUCUCUCUCCAAGUGGACAAGAGUGAUUGAUGUUGUUAUUGAAACGUGUGCAUUUACUGUUGGUUGUUACUGUGGCUAGUUGUUAAUAGUAGUUGAUGCUCUGUGUUACAUGCAGUCCUUUGGUUAUGUCACUAUCUCCUUAUACAGCCAAUGUUAUUAUUGCUCUUAUGCUAUUCCUCAUUCAACUUCAUGCUAUGUUUAUCAGUAUAUUCCUUCGUAUCUAUUGUCUGAACAGAACCACAUCUAUUUUAUAUGUCCUCUGGAAAUAAAGUUAUUUAG